AUGAUCAUCCGGCUGGCAAGCGAAGCCGAUCUCGAGGACAUGACGGCGGUCCUCGUCGGGGCCUCACCACUCGACCCGGUCUACCCCUACCGAUUCCCCGGAGGGCACCUCUACUCGGACGAGUUCGCGGCCCUCUGCCGGCGGAAAUGCGCCGAGUAUCUCGAGAACAGCACAGUCGUGGUCUGCGAGCUGCCCGCCGAUGACGGCAGCUCGUCAACGCAGGUCGUCGCCUUCAGCGCCUGGGACAUGCCCGCCGCAGCACAACCCCUGAAAUCGCGCCGUGAGAGCGCCCUCGGCGUCGUCCACGGCCACGUCUUCCUCAAGAUCCUGCUCACCCACCCGGCGUGGCAGCGCCGUGACGCCGGCACGGCCCUGACCUCGUGGGGCAUCGCGCAGGCCGCCGCCCUCGGCGUCCCCACCACCGUCUUUGCCAGCCCCAUGGGCCUGGCCCUGUACCGCCGGCUGGGGUUCAGCGAGGUCGGUCGUUUUCGGGUGCAGUUGGAGGGGGAGAGGGACUUUUUGGAGAUUCCGGCGCUGGUGAGGCCGGUGGGGAUGGGAGGGGGGAUGAGGGAGGUGGAGGGGGCGGUGGGGUUGGGGUUUUGUGGGAGGAGAGUGAGGGAUUGUGUUGGUGAUGGUGGUGCUGGUGGUGUUGUUGCGGGGUGGGGGGAGGGCGCGCCGAAUGCCAACCCCGAACCCGGGCCCAUGACAACCCGCCUACGGCAAGCCACCGAAGAUGCCCUGCUCACCGGAGGCCGCGCCGGCCGCCGCGCCGUCGAAGAAGCCGGCUUCAGCGAGGAACUCAAGGCGCAGCUGCUCGACAAGGUAGCUACCGCCAGGUUCAACCACGAACACUCCGCCACGCUGGCCCAAGCGGGCAUCACCUCGCGUCUCCCCGACUCGGCUGGGCUGGGCACACGCGCGAUGGCCUCGGCCCAGCCUUGGACCGGGCAGGAGAGCACUGAGGAUACCGUGCUGCGGAUGUUGGAUGAUGCACGCAAGCCGCUAGGGCCGGGGCUGCGGGCGAAAAGCAAGCCGGUUGUCCCGCAGCCCGUCGACAUGCGCAUCAGGAGAGAGGUCGGCGUGACGCCCGGGCGGAGGGCCGCCGGCGCACGGGACAAAGCACAGGCUUACGCGGGGAUGGGGAUCAAAGACGCUGGGUUGAGCGAGAAGGAGAGGGAGGCCAUGAGGAGGGAGUUUAAAGAACGCUUUGCGCCGGGGGCGAGAGCGAUGCCGAAUACCGUGUCCGGGCUGGCGGCCUUGGCGAACGAACGAAUCGAGGACGCGAUCGCAAGGGGCCAGUUCAAAAAUAUCCCCCGGGGGAAGGGGAUCGAGAGAGACAGGCGGGCAGACAACCCGUUCAUCGACACCACGGAAUACAUCAUGAACAAGAUGAUCAAGCGACAGGACCUGGUCCCGCCGUGGAUCGAGAAACAACAGGAGGUCGCCAAAACGGCGGCAAACUUCCGCGGCCGGCUGCGAAACGACUGGAAGCGCCACGCCGCGCGCAUGAUCUCCGCCCGCGGCGGCACCCUCGAGCAGCAGAUCGCCCGCGCGGAGGCCUACGCGCGUGCCGAAGAGGCCCACAACCCACGCCGGCGCCGCCCCGACCAGAUCGCGGUCCCGACCACCGUGACCAACGACGCGGUCAUGACGGUGGCCAGCGGCUCCCCCAGCCCAACCACCAACCCAUCCCCAUCACCCCCCUCCACCACCACUACCCCCUCCCCCUCAUCCGCAUCACCAUCCUAA